AUGGCAGUAGUCACUCACAGAGAUCGAGAUGACCUGUAUGAUGAAGCCUUUGAAGAUGUCCACACAUUUUCCGGGACCCCAUAUCCUUGCACGCAGGACGAGCUAGAUGUAUCUGGUGGAGUAAACCGUCAAGAGCCCAUAAGUACACUCACUAUAUUUGAAGCACUCCGCCGCAACGGUCCCAUUGAGGAGCACUUGUAUCCAGGCCUUCGCGAUCUCUGGUUCGACCAUCGCAACCUAGGGCCAUUCAUCAGCGCAAGAACAGCAGCCCGAGAAGUACACGACCACAACAACCUAAGCAGAGGGCCUCCAGGCGCUGAACGCCAAGCUAUUGAUCGCCUUGAUGUCGCGAUCGACGAUGCUUAUACGCAUAAAUGGGGUCCCGAUCUUAUCAUCAAGGCUUUCUGUGACCUGGACACGGUCUUCUUCCGUGGGAGGCUUCGAGGCCAUGUGUGCGUCGCCUGGAAGCCGGAUCACCUGAUGGGUCAAUCAAAGUACGGCGUCACUGGCUAUUUGGGCCAUGGCAAGUGUACGAUCAACCUGAACGCAGCGGAGAUCCUCCGCUACCAGAGUAGCUCGAAGGCUUUCGAGAAGAUGUGGUCGACGAUGCUGCACGAGAUGUGCCAUGCCUACGCCCAAGUCCGAGUUAGGGAACAUGAGUGGCGAGAUGAUGAACGUCUCCACGGGAAAAAUUUCGGCACUAAGAUCCAUGCCGUGGCUAGGAGGGCGGACUACUUAUUUGGUCUGUUCGUUGACAUCAACCAAUUCGGAUCUGACGUUCCCUUUCCACGCUAUGACUCUCCUUGA